GGGUAGGGAGGGGGGCUGGGGUGGGGGGGCAAGGGUGGGGCUGGGGUGGAGGGUUUAGGGGGAGGGUUAGGGGGAUAGGAACCGUCAUUUUUACAAACGGAGCACCGUAGGUACCCCAAACAAACUGGUGUAAGCAAAUGACACCAGUAGCACUGCUAGCGGCUGAGUUCGUGGGAACAUUCAUCCUCAUAUUCGCCGCAACAGCGGGACCCAUAGUGAACCAGAAGUACAACGGCGCGGAGUCGCUGAUCGGAAAUGCCGCCUGUGCCGGGCUUGCCGUCAUGAUUGUCAUCCUCUCCACCGGCCACAUUUCCGUAGCUCAUCUCAACCCGUCCCUCACCAUCGCCUUUGCCACGCUCCAUCCGCCACUUCCCGUGGGCCCAGGUGCCCGCGUAUAUAGCGGCACAGGUGUCUGCGUCCAUAUGUGCCUCCUUCGCUCUCAAAGGAGUCUUCCACCCCUUCAUGGCCGGCGGCGUCACCAUCCCUUCCGUCGGCACUGCCCAGGCUUUCGCCCUCGAGUUCCUCAUUACUUUUAACCUCCUCUUCGUUGUCACCGCAGUUGCCACUGAUACUCGAGCCGUGGGAGAACUGGCAGGCAUUGCAGUUGGAGCUACCGUUAUGUUGAAUAUCCUCGUAGCCGGGCCGUCGAGCGGUGGUUCGAUGAAUCCAGUGCGUACACUUGGGCCGGCAGUGGCAGCAGGGAAUUACAAGUCAAUAUGGAUGUACCUCGUAGCGCCAACACUCGGCGCCCUCGCCGGAGCCACCAUCUACACGGUGGUUAAGCUUCGAAAAGAGGAUGCACCCGUCAGCCACCCCAGGAGCUUCCGCCGCUAGCUAGCUAGCUAAUUA